UUUAUUGUUUAUGUAUUGACUCUUGACUACACAGUACACUUCCUUAGAGAGAGAGAACCAGACGGUGCUGCUGAGAAGCAACAACAACAACAAAGAAAGAGACUUUCAAUAGACAACCUUUGCUGCUUUUACUACCUUAUUCUCCUCGUCUUUCACAAAGAAACUAAAUAUCAGGGGCAUUUUGCAUCAUUGUUCUGUUCUUCAGUUAAUUUGUUGAGCUGUGCUUCUCUUUUUGUUUCAGUUUUUGGAGUUAUUGAGUUGUUGAAUUGAUUUGACCAGUCUUGUUGUUCAGUUGGAAAUGGUGGUUUUGUGAAGUUGGUUAAAGAGGUUUGAAGAUUAAGGUGGUGUUCAAUGGAUUGGAAGAGAUCUAUUUUGAAGAUCUAUGGACAUGUUGUUCUAUUGGGAUUUUUGUUGAUUUGUAUAAUUCAGAUUUCAACUGCUGUUACUGAUCCUACUGAUGUUGCUGCACUUAAUAGCUUACAUUCUUCAUUGGGAUCUCCUCUUCUACCUGGGUGGGUUUCUAGUGGUGGAGAUCCGUGCGGAGAAGGGUGGCAAGGCAUUCAAUGUAAUGGUUCGUUCAUACAAAAAAUUGUUCUAAACGGUGCAAAUCUGGGAGGAGAGCUGGGUGAUAAACUUGCAACAUUUGUUUCAAUCUCAGUAAUCGAUCUGAGCAACAACAACAUUGGAGGAAGUAUUCCGUCCAAUUUGCCAGCUACCAUGAGAAACUUUUUUCUUUCAGCCAACCUGUUUACUGGAAGUAUUCCAGCCUCUUUAUCGGCUUUAACUGGACUGAGUGACAUGUCUCUUAACAACAAUCAUUUAACCGGAGAAAUACCAGAUGCAUUUCAGUCACUUACACAAUUGAUCAAUCUAGAUUUGUCAAGUAAUAACUUGAGCGGGGAGCUACCUCCUUCGAUGGAGAACUUGUCAUCUUUGACCACCCUGCGCUUGCAGGAUAAUCAAUUAUCUGGGACACUUGAUGUUUUACAAGACCUUCCUCUGAAAGAUUUGAAUGUCGAGAAUAACCAAUUUGCUGGACCGAUACCUCCGAAGUUGCUAAACAUCCCUAAAUUCAAACAAGCUGGAAAUCCAUUCAAUGAUAAUUCCACGGCAACUCGUGCUCCCGCACCUCGCUCCCCAGUGAUAGCACCGCCAGGAUCACCACCAGGAGCACCGUUUUUUGUAGUACCAUCUUCUGGUUCUGGCCCUGUACCUACUAAACAGGCUGAUGGACCGACUGCAGCGACUAAGUCAAAUUCUGGGAAAUCAAACAAACAUACCAAAAGGGUGGUUUUGAUAGCUAUUGGCAGUGUUUUGGCAUUCAUUAUUUUGGUACUAGCACUCGUUCUAUUUAUUCCAAGAUGUGGUAGAAGGGAACGACGGGUUGACCGAAGGUCCAGGCGACAUCAAAUUGGUGCAUAUGGGGAUGAAAGACAACAAAAUCCUAGAGAUUUAGGGGCUAUAGUUCAACCACCAAUUCAAACAGAAAAAGUACCAAUACCGACACGGGAUGUCUUGAGGCCACAUACUGAUCGCCAAGAAGAGCCUAGGAGAGCAUGGGCUGUUCCAAAUGCACAGGAUAAGCAAGAGAAGGAUGUGCUAAGAAUGAUGGCAAUACCAAAGCCGGUUCAUCAUGAGAUUCCAAAGCCGGUUCAUCAUGAGAUCGAUAUCAGUACACCAGAAGUGUAUUCUGUGCCUCCGCCUCCACCACCACCUCCUCCUCCUCCACCGCCACCCCCACCGCCACCUCCUCCUGUUCUUCCUACUAAGAAGAUGAUUGUUGAGCCAACAAUUCCCCAUAGAGGAACUAAUGCCGGUCCAUCCUUAAGAAGUUCAAUUCAACCUCCUACUUUUGCGAAAUCUUUCACCAUCGCAUCCCUUCAACAGUAUACAAAUAGCUUCUCUCCAGAAAAUCUUAUAGGAGGAGGCAUGUUGGGCACUGUGUACAGGGCAGAGCUCCCUGGUGGGAAGCUACUUGCUGUAAAGAAACUCGACAGAAGAGCCUCUGUUCACCAAAAGGAUGAUGAGUUUCUUGAAUUGGUAAAUAGUAUCGACAGAAUAAGACAUACAAAUAUUGUUGAGCUCAUUGGAUACUGCUCAGAGCAUGGUCAAAGGCUUCUGAUCUAUGAGUACUGCAGUAACGGAUCACUAUAUGAUGCACUUCACACAGAUGAAGAAUUUAAAGCAAAACUAUCAUGGAAUGCUCGCAUUCGGAUGGCACUUGGUACAGCUAGAGCCUUAGAGUAUUUGCAUGAGCAAUGUCAGCCGCCUGUGGUACACAGAAAUUUGAAGUCUGCCAAUGUUCUCCUUGACGAUGAUCUAUCUGUGCGCGUAUCUGAUUGUGGUUUAGCUCCAUUGAUAGCUUCAGGGUCUGUAACUCAGCUCUCGGGGAACCUGCAAUCAGCUUAUGGUUAUGGAGCUCCAGAAUUUGAAUCGGGAACUUACACUUACCAAAGCGAUGUAUACAGCGUUGGAGUAGUUAUGUUAGAACUUUUGACCGGCCGUCAGUCCCAUGACAGGACACGUCCACGAGGGGAGCAAUUUCUUGCUAGAUGGGCAAUUCCCAAACUUCACGAUAUUGACGCAUUAUCAAAGAUGGUUGAUCCUUCUUUAAAUGGAGUUUACCCUGCAAAGUCAUUGUCAAAUUUUGCCGACAUUAUUGCUCGAUGCCUUCAGCCGGAGCCCGAAUUUAGGCCAGCAAUGUCAGAGGUGGUCUUAUACCUACUAAAUAUGAUAAAGAGGGAGUCUCAAAAAAGUGAUUCAAAUGAAAAAUGAGGAUGGUGGUGAUAUUUGUUCAUGAAUUGAUGUUCAAGGAUUUAGCUACUGAAUAAGAUUAAUGUGCAAAGAUAUCAAUCAUCAUAUACAUGUUACCAAAGGAAGGCCCCAUUUGUUGUCUCCACACUUUAUCACUUCAUGCUAACUGCUCAACAUUCAAAAGAAGUUAUGUCCAAUCCAAUCAACUUCAUAGGAUUGUAGUGACCAACACUCCUUUUAUGUAUGUAGUCUUAAUGUCUUAUGUUAUCUGAUAAUUUCUAGUUCAUUAAACUAUGACAUGAUAGUGUUUGCAUAGGUGUGUUAACUAACCCAUUUGUUUGAUAAUUGUUUCCAAAUUCUUAAUAAUGAAAAUGUUAUUCUCA